UAGCGUCAGAGAGAGACUAUUAAUAGCUUAAAAAACCCUAGCCAUCUCUUUCCCGCAUCUUUACAUUCCAAGCUUCGUUUCCUGCUCCGAGCUUCGAACUGCAAAAAUGGCUUCAGAGAAGAAGCUGUCAAAUCCUAUGCGCGAUAUCAAAGUCCAAAAGCUGGUUCUCAACAUCUCUGUUGGUGAAAGUGGUGAUCGUCUUACCAGAGCCGCCAAGGUGCUAGAACAACUCAGUGGCCAAUCUCCAGUCUUCUCCAAGGCUCGCUAUACCGUUCGAUCGUUUGGGAUUCGGCGUAACGAAAAGAUUGCGUGUUAUGUGACCGUUAGGGGUGACAAAGCGAUGCAGCUCCUUGAGAGUGGUUUGAAGGUUAAGGAGUAUGAGCUUUUGCGCCGGAACUUCAGCGACACUGGCUGCUUUGGUUUUGGAAUUCAGGAGCACAUUGAUCUCGGAAUUAAGUAUGACCCUUCUACGGGUAUUUAUGGCAUGGACUUCUAUGUUGUCCUAGAACGCCCAGGUUACCGUGUAGGUCGCCGCCGUAGGUGCAAAUCAAGUGUUGGAAUUCAGCAUAGAGUCACUAAAGAGGAUGCCAUGAAGUGGUUCCAAGUCAAAUAUGAAGGAGUUAUUCUCAACAAGUCCCAAAAUAUAUCUUAGAAAAGGUUCUCUACUAUCUUUGACGGCAUGUUCAAAUUUUGGCAAUAUGUUUUCUCAUUUAAGAUUCGUCUAUCACGACUUCUAUUUCAUUUCAAGGAGCAUUUUAAAGCCUUUCUUAUUUAAUAGUGUAAGUUGUUUCAACGCUUUUGGCUGCGUUAGAAUCAGUAUUCAUUUUUUUGGUUGAUAAUAGUGCCUAUUGCGUUGUAA